ACUGGGUUAAGUCGGUCCCUCGUGCCCCGACCUUGUCGUAUCUCGGUCUUACCAUCGCAUAAUCUCCAGGCAGCCGAGUCGGUCAAUAUAGGGGAGGUGAAGAAAUGGCCGAAAGGAAAGCCAUGUUUGGGGGAGUUGUAAUCUAGUGGUUGAGUUGACAUAAAGGGGUAAGUACCUACCUUAUAUUUACCUACCUUAUAUUUACCUACCUUAUAUUUUAUACUUUCGCACGUCCGUUUGUUUUUUUCCCACCCCACCUAAACCCAUUCAAACUGUUCCUAAAGCUGCCACUGAAUCAGAACAAUGUCUCCUCCGUCCUUUUCGAUCACAGUCGAAGAGCACGCUCUAUUUCCGUCUUUUAGCGAUGAUCUUGUAUUCCUCGACGAGACAUGGACAGUGUUUCCACAGACGAAAGAAGCCCUUGAGGACCACUCGACCGGUCGCUUGGCAGAGAUGGACAAAGGCCAUGUAUCGUACCAAAUCAUGUCCCACCUUCCAGGGUUGAGCAAUUUCAACCCCGAAGGCACUCGCAAGGCAAACAAUGAGAUGGCCGAGGCCAUUAGGAAGAAUCCUAGCCGCUUUGGCGGUUUCGCUGCUCUUCCGAUGGCGUUUCCUCGCGAAGCAGCCGCUGAGCUUGAACGAGCCGUGAAAGAGCUUCGGCUUUUCGGUGCCAUGAUUGACAGCCACCUGGGGGACAUGACUCACUAUGACAGCGAGAAAUUCUGGCCUGUGUUUGAGAUGGCUGUGAUUCUUGAUGUACCGAUCUACAUCCAUCCCGCGCUUCCUCCAGAGUUCGUGCAGAAAGGGCUAUACAGCGGUAACUAUUCCACCGUUGCCGCGCAGGGGCUGGCCACGGGUGGGUGGGGCUGGCAUCAGGAUGUCGGACUACACGUUCUUAAGCUCUACUCCGCAGGUUUAUUCGCCCGGUAUCCACGGCUAAAGAUUAUAAUCGGACAUAUGGGAGAGCUACUCCCGAUCAUGAUCGACAGAGUGGAUUCAACCCCUUUCUUUAAGCAGGGGGUGUCAGAACCGUUCCGUGAUGUCUGGGAUAGGAACAUAUGGGUGACUGCGGGCGGAAUUUUCAGUGUCAGAACUCUCGAAAUGGUCCUAAAGAUAACGAAGAAGGACCGGAUUCUGUAUAGCAUUGACACGCCUUUUGGUAAGAGCAUUGAUGGAUGGAAUUAUCUGCAGAAGCUAGCGACGGAUAGCUCGCUCUCGAAGGAAGAUUUGGAUAUGUUUGCAUUUGGAAAUGCCGUAAAGUUGUUCAAGUUGGAUAUGGAUCUGAAGAAAUUUUGAACCUCGUGUUUAGUGAUAAUGAAAGUAUAACAUAAAAGUCAUUAUGGUAAUUUUUGCCUUAAACUAAUAUUUAAAUAUGAGGCCACCCUUCGGAUAGCACAAGAGCCGGAACUUCAACUUGCCCUAGGUUUACGGCAAGCUCCUCGAAC